CCCCACCCCACACACUUUAUGCCCUUGGCCCGAUUUGGCGUUGCGGUCUCUUGUUAAUUUCUGUUUUAAUCUUUUGUUUUGACAAACAUUUGAGUGUUUGAUUAUUGUGAGUCAGUCACUCGCUGGAGAAAAACAGUCUGAGUGACUAGAAAUAGAAGUAAAGGCACACCAAACACCAACAAAGAUGAAGCAACCCAUUGCUGACUAAUUUAACCUUUUUUGUUUUUGUGCUUCAUAAUCACGCAUUUUAGUCUUUGAGAGCUGUUCUUCACUGAUUAGGUUUGCCCUUGUUGAUAUGAUCCUGGUCCCUACGGUGCAGCUCUAUGGAUGGUUGCAGCGUGUACGCCAAUCACUUUUAGAAAACGUAAUUUUCUAAUGCAACUAAAUCAGUGAGAAUACUCAAUGAGCCUUUAAUGAAACCUGAUAACCCACGGACUUGUGUAGAAAUAGACAACAGAUAUUAUUGUCCAUGCUUAAAGUUAACACAAAGGGAGAUGACUAAAAAUAUUUGGGUCUUACAGCUGUUAAAAAUGGGCAUUUGGCGUGAAAGGCUAGUUCAUUUGUUAGCAGUAUAAUGUACAAUACAUAUACACAAUGUGAUAUCUUUCUUUAGGAAUGCAGCUUAGUAUUCGUGCCAAUACAGCAAACUGAAUUGCAUCAAAUGGGAGUGGGGGAGGUGCAAUAAGACAAUCUCAUCAAAAGCUCUAUUUUUUACUGUUCUUGUUUUACCACUUUAGAGCUUUUAUGCAUAAAUAAAAGGACACACAUGCAAUUCAGUAAGUGGGUUGUACUCCUCUCCAGUUGUUUCAUGUGCUUCCAUCCUCAAACUCCAUCUGAAUUCAUUCUGUGAGACAGGGCUUUGACUCCACUUCACUCAUUUCCCUUUUGACCACCAUACAGUGCCUCGUCACAUCUCUUCGCCUCAAUUCUCUCCAUCUUUCCCCCCCUCUCUCUUUCUCUCUCUCUCUCUUUCUCACCAUCGCUCAUCUUUUUUUUUUACCAUGCGCAGAGCCAAUUUCUUCUCUUCCAUCCUGUCCCCAUAGUUUCAAUUUCAGCUUGUUCGUCAGUUGUGUUGGAUCUUAUUUUAUGUCUCCCCAUUCACUCUCUCCCUCCAUCUCUCUGUCUCUUUCUCUUCCAUUCUCCCUCUCUCUCUCCCUCCUCCUCUCAUCUUAGAGACAGUAGUGUGCCUGCAGCCUCAAAUCUAAGCCGCUGCCUGUCAGGCAGCUCCGGUUUUGCGCUCUGCGCUACUCUCCUUUUCUCUUCUCUCCCCUCUGCGCUAUACUGCACUGCACUGCACUGCUCGUCUCUCCUCUCCUCACCUCACAUCUCCAUCUCUUUCACUCCUCUUUCUCUUUCUCUACCUGCAUCCCUCUCGCACUACGCGCUCGUAUCUCUGUUGUGCAUUACUGCACUCUGCUCCAUUGUUUGGGGAAAUACAGUACACUCUGUUUUUUUUUUUCCCGCUGCCAGAGCUGGGUACACUCUGGCUACUGGUGGAACAGGAAUCGGAUGUUCCUGGUGCUCCAGGUUUGGCUUGCCUCGAACUCCUUGGAUCUGUGUGGGCCGGAGAGGAGGAGAGGGCAGGGAGGGAGGGAGGGGAGGGGGGCAGAGAGCUGACCAGGUGAGAGCUUCAUCUGCUCGGGGGAGUAAAGGCUUCACAGUGGUGGCAGUAGCGGUUGAUGGUUGUCCGUCGAGGGUCAUGCCCUGGGACCUGCGUGCUUUUCGACUGUUGGAGUUGGAGAUCCUCUCCUAUUUUUGCCCCCCUGGUGGGGCAGCAUUGAUCCUGGUCCCGGUAAAAGCUGCCGGGCACCAGUGGCUGCACCGUGAAGAGUGGGCACCAUGAACCAGCUGGAUGCACCACGGCCACUCAACUGGACCAUCAGAAAACUGUGCCAUGCUGCCUUCCUGCCAUCUGUACGCCUGCUAAAGGCACAGAAAUCGUGGAUAGAAAGAGUAUUCAGCAAGAGAGAAUGUGUUCAUAUCAUAGUGAGCGCCAAAGACCCCCAUAGGUGCUGUUGUGGUCGUCUGAUAGGUCAGCAUGUGGGCUUGCCCCCGGGCAUAUCAACGAGUCAGAAUGAUAAGGCAGAGCGUUUGGCUAAGAAUGACAGCCUGUCGGAGAAGUGGUCGAUCUGCAAACACACACAGCUCAGCCCCACUGAUGCAUUCGGCACCAUUGAGUUCCAGGGAGGAGGACACUCCAACAAAGCCAUGUACGUGCGAGUGUCUUAUGACACCAAGCCUGACCUGCUGCUACACCUGAUGACCAAGGAGUGGCAGCUGGAUCUGCCCAAGCUGCUCAUCUCAGUCCACGGGGGCCUGCAGAACUUUGAAUUGCAGCCCAAACUCAAACAGGUCUUUGGGAAAGGGCUCAUUAAGGCUGCCAUGACAACAGGAGCCUGGAUCUUCACCGGCGGAGUGAACACAGGAGUCAUACGGCAUGUCGGUGAUGCAUUGAAAGACCACGCCUCCAAGUCAAGGGGGAAGAUCUGCACCAUUGGCAUUGCUCCGUGGGGCAUCGUAGAAAAUCAAGAGGAUCUCGUUGGCAAAGAUGUGGUGCGUCCAUACCAGACCAUGUCCAACCCCAUGAGCAAGUUGACGGUUCUAAACAGUCUCCACUCCCACUUCAUCCUGGCAGACAAUGGCACCACGGGAAAGUACGGCGCUGAGGUCAAACUGCGACGUCAGCUUGAGAAACACAUCUCCUUGCAGAAGAUCAACACACGUAUUGGUCAGGGUGUGCCGGUGGUGGCUCUGAUCGUAGAGGGAGGCCCUAAUGUGAUCUCCAUUGUGCUGGAGUACCUCAGGGACACACCGCCCAUCCCUGUGGUUGUGUGUGAUGGCAGCGGCAGGGCCUCAGACAUCUUGGCCUUCGGACACAAAUACUCUGAGGAUGGAGGCAUAAUUAACGAGUCUCUAAGAGACCAGUUGCUGGUGACCAUCCAGAAGACUUUCACCUACAGCCGCACACAGGCCCAACAUCUGUUCAUCAUUCUCAUGGAGUGCAUGAAGAAGAAGGAGUUGAUAACAGUUUUCCGGAUGGGGUCGGAUGGUCAUCAGGACAUUGACCUUGCCAUCCUCACAGCAUUACUAAAAGGUGCCAACGCUUCAGCUCCUGACCAGCUGAGUUUGGCUCUGGCUUGGAACAGAGUGGACAUCGCCCGCAGUCAAAUCUUCAUCUACGGACAGCAGUGGCCUGUCGGUUCCCUGGAGCAGGCGAUGCUGGAUGCCUUAGUUCUGGACAGAGUGGACUUUGUCAAGCUGCUGAUUGAAAAUGGAGUCAGCAUGCACCGUUUCCUCACGCUUUCCAGACUGGAGGAGCUCUACAAUACGAGACAUGGACCGUCCAACACGCUGUACCACCUCGUCAGAGAUGUCAAAAAGGGAAAUCUGCCCCCGGACUACCGCAUCAGCCUCAUCGACAUUGGACUGGUCAUAGAAUACCUCAUGGGCGGGGCAUAUCGGUGUAACUACACCAGGAAGAGAUUCAGAACUCUGUACCACAACCUCUUUGGACCCAAGAGGCCCAAAGCCCUGAAACUGCUGGGGAUGGAGGAUGACAUGCCCAUCCGCAGAGGCCGCCAGAAGACGACACGCAAACGAGAGGAGGAAGUAGACAUCGAUUUGGACGACCCCGAAAUCAAUCACUUCCCUUUCCCCUUCCACGAGCUUAUGGUGUGGGCCGUGCUUAUGAAACGUCAGAAGAUGGCGCUGUUCUUUUGGCAGCACGGGGAAGAGGCCAUGGCCAAGGCCUUGGUAGCAUGUAAGCUUUGUAAAGCCAUGGCACACGAAGCCUCAGAGAACGACAUGGUGGAUGACAUCUCCCAGGAAUUAAACCACAACUCCAGAGAGUUUGCCCAGCUGGCAGUGGAACUCCUAGACCAGUCCUAUAAACAGGAUGAGCAGAUGGCCAUGAAGCUGCUGACGUACGAGCUGAAGAACUGGAGCAACGCCACCUGCCUGCAGCUGGCGGUAGCGGCCAAACACAGAGAUUUCAUCGCUCACACCUGCAGUCAGAUGCUUCUGACCGACAUGUGGAUGGGACGCCUGCGCAUGCGCAAGAACUCAGGCCUGAAGGUAAUCUUAGGGCUGCUUCUGCCGCCAUCCAUCCUUAGUCUGGAGUUCAAGAACAAAGAUGAGAUGUCCUACAUGCCCCAGGAUCAGGAGGCCUACCUGCAGGAGAAGGAGGAGGAGGAGCCUGAGAAACCAGUCAAGGAGAAGGAGGAGGAAGACAUGGAGUUCACAGUAAGAUCUUACUGUGAGGCGCAGUACAACUCCGUGGCAAUGCUGGGUAAGGUAGCCACAGAGACAUCCAGAAAGAAGGAUGUUGAGGAGGUUCAGAAACGCCACCGCCUCAUCCCCUUGGGACGCAAGAUAUACGAGUUCUACAACGCUCCAAUUGUCAAGUUCUGGUUCCAUACGUUGGCCUACGUGGGCUACCUGAUGUUGUUCAACUACAUUGUCCUGGUAAAGAUGGACCUGUGGCCCUGUCCUCAAGAGUGGAUCGUCAUCGCUUACAUCUUCACCAACGGCAUUGAGAAAAUGAGAGAGAUCCUGAUGUCAGAGCCGGGGAAGUUGUUACAGAAGGUGAAGGUGUGGCUUCAGGAGUACUGGAACAUCACAGACCUCAUGGCCAUUCUCAUAUUCUCCAUCGGCAUGGUUCUGCGUCUCCAGGAGCCGCCGCUUAUGAGCUACGGGCGGGUCAUCUAUUGCGUCAACAUCAUCUAUUGGUACAUCCGGCUGCUGGACAUCUUUGGGGUCAACAAGUACCUGGGUCCCUAUGUGAUGAUGAUUGGCAAGAUGAUGAUCGACAUGAUGUAUUUUGUGAUCAUCAUGUUGGUGGUGCUGAUGAGUUUUGGGGUGGCGCGUCAGGCCAUCCUCAACCCUAAUGAAGACCCAUCCUGGAUGCUAGCUAGGAACAUCUUCUUCAUGCCUUACUGGAUGAUCUACGGAGAGGUGUUUGCCGACCAGAUUGACCAUAGUAGGAAGUUAAGGCAAAGGGUGAAUGACAAACUCUGGCUGGCCGACAAUUACUUACGAACUUACGGAACCUGGCGUAGUAGUGCUCCAUCCCACAAUGCCCAAUGCAGUCAAACCCCCACCCCCUGUGGGCAGAACAUCACUACAGAGGAUGGGGGGGUGGUGGCCCUGCCUCCCUGUAAGACUGGUGCCUGGAUUGUCCCAGCCAUCAUGGCCUGCUACCUGCUGGUGGCCAACAUACUGCUCGUCAACCUACUCAUAGCUGUGUUCAACAAUACAUUCUUCGAGGUGAAGUCCAUCUCCAACCAGGUUUGGAAAUUCCAGCGCUACCAGCUCAUUAUGACCUUCCAUGAGCGCCCGGUCCUUCCUCCACCCCUCAUCAUCUUCAGUCACAUAACUAUGGUCCUUAAGCAUCUGUGUUGUCGCUGGCGCAAGCAUGACGAUGACGAGAGGGACUAUGGACUGAAACUUUUCAUCACAGAGGAUGAGCUGAAGAAAGUCCACGACUUUGAGGAGCAGUGCAUAGAAGAGUACUUCAGAGAGAAAGAUGACCGAUUUCACUCCUCUAACGAUGAGAGGAUCAGAGUCACUUCUGAAAGGGUGGAAAAUAUGGCAAUGCGUCUGGAGGAAGUCAAUGAAAGGGAGCACUUCAUGAAGGCCUCGCUGCAGACCGUUGACAUUCGUUUGGCCCAAAUGGAGGAGCUGAUUGGACGAAUUGCUGUAGCGCUGGAGCGUGUGACAGGCGUUGAGCGUGGGGAGGUCAGCAAAGUACGUUCCAGGACUUCAUCUGACUGCACAGACUCUGCGUAUAUACUCCGCCAUGGUGAGUGCCCCGAAGCAGCAUACAUCCUCCGUCAAAGCAGCUUUAACAGCACAGAAGGGAAUACCUACCGUCUGCAGGAGGCGCUGGAGGGAGCAGCUGAGGGCUCCAUGUCCCCUCCUUCUCCUACAGGCAUGGCUGCACGGACAAGGAGUCACUCAUUUUAUGUCGGUCGAGGUAGUGAACGUCCAAGUGGAGCUGAACGAGCUGAGAGCUUCUUCAAAGAACGCUCGCUCAGUCUCCAUCGAGCCAACAGCUCACAAUCAGUGUCCUCAAGUGCCGCCACCAAGGAGUCUAAGCCCCUCCCCCUGGCGACGCUGUCGGUCUCCCAGCAACACCGUCCAUCAUCAUGCAUUGAUAUCUAUGUCUCAACUUCUGAGGAGGUAGGGCCUGCGGAGGUCUUUCUGAAUCCUCUCCGAAUGGUCCCGCCGCUCAACAGAGACUGCUCGCUGCAGUCAGAUAUCAUGGAGACGGUGCUGCCGGGAGGCCGGGACUUCGGCAGCGCUGCCACCAGCGGUAUGGGCGAUAGGCACUCGGAGGGCGGUUUAGGCAGCAGCGGAACAGCUGGAGCCAUGUUUGACGACAGUGCAGCUGCUGAUUUGUCCUUGUGCUCGGGCCACCUCUUACCAGACACCACUUUACCUCCUUGGGACAUGGAUCCAUCCCCACCUCCCUCAGCAGGGCUGCUCGAGCGCUCUAAGAGCACCCGCUACCUCUCUACGACAGGCACAGCAUUCCUGGAUGAGCCCCCUCUGGUUAAGUCACACAGCCUCAUGUUCACACCAAGAGGCUCCUACAGUGGACUGGGGGCAGGAGUCCAGGUAAAAGCUGCAGAGUACACCAGCAUCACUGACUGCAUCGACACACGCUGUGUCUCAGCUCCGUACACUCCUGCAGAACGCUCACACUCCCCCGGAGGAUCCACCUCAUUCCCUUUUGAUAAGCCGUCAGAGAUUGCUUCCUCUCAUCCAGAGAGAGAGGCAGAGCUUAGCCACACAGAGUCUGAUCCAGAGGACCCCGACGACCUGAUUCCAGACCCUGAUACCCCUCGCCUGGGAGGCCUAGGUGGGCCCAGUGGGGCCCCUCUCUGCUCUCCCUUCUCCAGGCUGGAGCGAGCAAACAGCUGCUCCUCAGAUGACUCCCAUCCUUCCCUCACGCUGGCCCCUCCGCACCGGAAGAGCCUGUCGGUGAGUGAAAGGAUGGAGAGGGGACCGGGUCUGGGGGCAGACAUGGGGCCUGGGCCAGGGGGCCGGGGUCUGGCAGGAACCAGAAACCCCUUCCUCAGGAGCAAGUCUAGCGCACGGCCUGACACAGCCAAGACUGACAGCCUCUCAAUGAGAAAGCUGGCCACUCCGUCAGCAUUCCGCAGCUUUGAUAGACAAAACUACACGUGACAAGAACACUGGUCGGCACACUCACACACUGAUAGGACCAGGGAGGAAAGCUGAAAGGGCAAAAGUGAAAGCAGGGUGAAGUUGCCCAUAGAUGCUGAUCUGGACCAGAUCUACUGUUUUCUCACUUACGUUUUAGGUUAGAAAAGGUGGUAAAAGUGUAAUCAUAGUCAGUGCUGGAGGGCAACUUUACCCUGGAUUAGGUGUCAGGUGGAACAGGAUGGAAGAUGUAGGCGUCCUCCUGUACACCAGUCAAAAACAAAGAGCUAUGAAUCUAGAGUAGUUUUUACCUCCUCCUGUAGCUAAGUAACUCUCAGUGGGGUGUUAUGGCAAUGGAAGGUGUAUUUGUACUGUAUGUCUUCAACCCACCACCCACCUUUACGUCACGUAGACAUCACAUCACUGUGUUACAUCACAUAUCAAUCACGUAAGUCAGAGAAAGUAUACUGUUACUCCUAGCUGCAUUAUAUGGUAGAAACUGUCAAGUGUGAGAAACAAAGAGAGAGGAGAAGAAAAAAGAAAAAACAGCCACCUCAGUUUGUCGCUUUGUCUUGGCACGGAGUCGCAAAACCUUCGCUUUAAAUACAUCAUCCUCUCUUCAUACUAUCCUAACUCCACUCUGUACGACCCCAGCACAAGCCAACUAGCUAACAUUUUUGGCUGCUUCAUAAAAGAAUCGGUGAAGUGUUUUCAACCAUCGAGAACUGUUUCUUCUCUGGGAUGCGCUGGAAAUGAUUGCUGUAACAUGGCAACAACUUACCUCUAGAUACACAAAUACACCUUUCAAAUAAUCAAUAUAUUUAUUUCUUUUUUCAAAAGGUAUAUCAAAUUUGCCUUUCAUUGUUUUGCGUUUUGUAGCACAAUCUAUCAACCAAACUGUUUCUUUUGUCAGUCUAGCUAGAAAAAGAAAGCCGUGUUUGAACACACUCCAGUCAGAAGGUCAUGAACCGAUCACAAGUCUUCAGGCUGUCAAGUGUCAGCAGUCUAUACCUGCAAUAAAAACUGGGUUUUAUUAGCCAUGUGAUAAGAGUGAAAAGGUAGAACUAUCAGGAAAAAGUGAGAAAGAAUGUGACAGGAAGACUGAGAUUAGCCGGUGACAGCGUCCAGUGUUUUACAACUGAUGUUCGGGGCAGCAACGAGCAUAUUUACAUGUUGACACAUACACACACACACACAGUCAGUGAAAUCUUACAUGACACUAGAACAUACACUCUAGUUCAGUCCUGAUCCCUGAGAGCUUUAACAAGUGCAAUUGCAAAAAAAAAAAAAAUGGGGACAAGAGGGCGCUAUGAGCCUAUUUCAGAAGCAAUGCUUGCUGGGUGAACCUUCUUUGCCUGCACCUGACACCAAAAAUCCUUACACUCAACAGAUCAUUGCUCUAUUGUAGCCCAGCCCUCCUCCUUCAGGUUUUGACAGUGGCAUUAUGUUGCAAUGGUUUUACAUCCACCUACACCUAAUGGAUCCGUCCUUCAUGUUCUCCAUAUCUGUCAUUCAUUUGAUUUUCUCCUUUAUUUUAUUGAUUGCAUUUGAAUCCAGACACUGCAAAAGGAGACUGUAAUAGAAAUCCUGAUGAUUGAGCCCAUUAUAAAUUGUAUACAGGUCAAGAAGAGUUCCUAAAGAAAGAGCUAAUUUACGAAUUUAUCUUUAACAAAAAAAAGAAGCUUGAAAUAAGCUGUUAAGUAUAUGCAUUCUAGUUGAAAUAUAAGAAAGAUGUGCAUUUUAAGUGACAUGGAGGAGGACACAUAGGUAUAUUAUUAUUAAAAGAUGAAAGCCAGAUCAGUGUUUUAGAAAGUUCUCAUUUUUUUUUAUUGUAAUGGAAAAAGUCCCGGAGGAGGAAGAUGCCCUUCUCUGUUGGCUUUUUAAGAAAAGUGAAAUGAAUAGAAUUCUUACGGAUUUUUUUUAUGUUUGUUUUAUAUUUCCUCACUAUUACAUUUCAGUUUAAUCAUGUUGAAUAUAUUUUGAGAUUGAUUCUAUUUAUUGACAUUUUCUUGCUCAUUGAUGAUGAUUACAGUAAAUGCCUGUUUGAACUACAAAAUCAAUAUUUAUAUCUUCUCAGUGAUAUUUUUGUCAAAUUUUAAGUAUUUUCUAAUUAAGCUUUUAAAUUUAAUAAAAAGAUGACCAUCGACAUGCACUAAAUGCUGAUGUAUUAUAUUAUUUAUUAAAUAUCGAAUUGUCAGAUAUACUGUAAAUCUAAAUCAUAUUUAAAUUGUUUAAAGUAGUUUUAUUGUAUGUUUUAUCAAGCAGCUUUUCUAAUGUAAAGUUGACAUGGCAAUACACAGUUGCCAGUAUACCAAACGUAGGGUGCCUUUUGGGCAUGGAUGGACUAUGUGGGGACUGAAGUGAAUCAGAAAUCUAAUCUAGCCCCUAAUAUCUGUGAUUAUUUUGGCUUUUAAAUCCACUCGUAGACCUUUGUUGCUCUCUUUAAACACAUCUGAUGUACAGAUUGGGGGGAAUGUUGAUAUUGAUAGACUGUACCAUUGCUUGUGUGGACGUUUAAAUCCACUGAAAAACAUAAAAACAUAUCGUUGAGAAUUAUAGUUUCAUAGCUGAAGAAAAAAGUAUAUUUGCACAUAAAUCUGAGACAUAAGGGUUUGAAUAUAGCAUGAAUUUGUAUAAUUUGACUUAUCUCUGUAUUAUAACCAAAUCUGUUUGAUGAUCCACACUGUUCAUACGCCUACUAAUGCUGAACCAAACCCUAAACCUUAAAAGGGGUACUCCAGUGAUUUAGCACUGCACCUGCUCACAGUUGGGGGACCUUCUAGAAACGGACGUUUAGUCCGCAGUAUGGAUCAAGUUUCAAAAACACUUAAUCCUACAAUUCCCAUGGUGCAACUCAAAAGCAUCUUUUGACAGACCUUCCGUGACUGUUAAAUCAUCUCAUCUUUCAAACACCUUGCUCCCAUUUAAUAACACAAGUUGUCUGUGAAAUAUUUGGUAUGUGUCAAGCUUGACUGAACAUAACGCCGAUGACAUCGUCAGAGUUAUUUUCUUAGACUUCAGAAAGCUCCCUUUAGAGCUACAAACGACAUACACACUGUGUUCAUAGGCUGAACGGUAAACCUCCAUGACCAGUAAACUGACCUUUAUUUGUCAAAUUGGUGGAGUGCCCCUUUAACCCAGCAAUUACAACACCCACAUAAAUUACAUUCAUGUGGGUUGGACAGAUCGGGGAGUAACACACUUGAAAUACCUAUAAGAUGGCAAAUGGGAUGUUGUGGUCCGUCGGUACAUACACAGGAUAAGAUUAGCAAUUUCCUCAACAAAUACAUAGUAUGCAGUAUGUUUAAGAGGUGAAAGAUUGACCCCAAGUCAAUGCUCAGGGACAACAUUACCCCAGUGAUGCAAGGUAGUAAGAUUAUCAUGCUGGAAUGAAAGAUGGAAACAAAAAGAGAAAUAGAGAGAUUUGGAUUUGUCUGCAGCAGAAAGCUUCUUAUAUAAUCACUGUGCUUUACGUCUUCGGGACAUCAAUAUUUGUUGUGUCUUAUGUCUUCAGAAAUGGCAAUACAACAUGAAGGAAUGCCUUCAUGCUAUAUCGACUAACUUUGUUCACUCACAGGAGUUUAAGUUCCUAAAAAUCCGAACAACUAUAGAUUUGCAUAUCGUUAGAGAGGGCUUUGGUCCCUCACAAGCUGAAACAAACCAAACUUUGCCAAACCAAAUGGAAACGAGCUGAGUCGCGCUCCACAGACAGUUGUACAGCUCAACUCAGUUAUACAUGGCUAACGAUGAAAACAGACUGCGGCAGACUGAAAAGUGUAGGCCCUCCUAUUUGACCUACUGUGAUACGGAAUCAAAAUAUUAUUUUUAAAUGUCUUUGUCCUUGCAGUAAGGAAUACGAGACAACAUAUCCUUUCAUGGCACUACUAAACUUGUGUGCACAUGGUACUAUUAUUCGUUUUAUGGUAUGUUGGCAUGGCUGGGAGGUUGAUAGGAGGUGUGUGCAUGUGUUGGUGUUUGCGUGCUUGUACAUUACCUGCGCGUGAACCUGGAGAUAUAAAUGACACCAGUAACAGGGAGGCAUCACAACACAACACAACAUAGUCUCAGUGUACAGUAUUUUUUAAAUAUUUUGCUAUACUGUAUCUCAUGAGCAUAUGAUGGUAAUCAACAGAUCUGCUUCCCUCCUAUGACUAUGAUUGGACAUUCUUUUACCUUUACAUUGGUAAAAGACUGUCCAAUCCCUUACCUGUCAACUACAUACCAAGGCCUGGUGUUAAGUUAGAAGGUUAAUCAUUAUGACUCGUAAGCUAAAGACAGUUUCACGCACGUUUUUUCUGCAAUAAUUGCUGAUGUGCUUCUACAAUUAAAAGGGACUUAUCCCCCUACUGGUCACACUUUAUUUAAUGUCCUUCAAAUGCAUGCAGUUCUUCCACUCAGAGUGUACAGAGACGACCUGUAAAGAUGAUCGAAAGAACGAUAGAGAGAGAGAUUAUAAUAUGAAAUCAAAGUAGUGAGUAUUUGGAUGCAAAUACAAAUCUGUAUUCUUCAAUGUGAAUAGGAUCAUGUCUGGCAUGCAUUGUUAAAUAAAAAAUUAAAUAGAUUGGUA